GAAAUUUUAGAGCACUUGAUUGCAGAUUCGAGUGCAGUGGGCAGAUUCCAGGCGGAGAAGAGCAUCGAAAGUCACCAGGUCUGCUACAUCUACAAAACCACACCAUCUCCUCCGUCCAACCCACCCCUAUUCUCUAUGUUCCACUGAUCUGGUUAUGAUGCAGGAUAUUGCAGAAUAAAAAUGUCAGAGCUCCGCCAACGACAAGUCCCUAAACCGUCCUCGCCAGACACGAGCGCGCCUCCACGCCGCUCCUCCUCCUCCGAUGAAGGCAACUGGAUCAGCCUUGCGGACAUAAUCCGUGUGAUUGUCACGCUAGUCCUAGCUUCAUGCGGACUAUCGUAUUAUAUGACUUCGUCCGAGUCGGUGAUAUGGGGAUACCGGCCUUGGUUUACGCGGUGGCCUGUUGUGAUGAGAUAUUGGGAAGGACCAUUGAACCUCACACCUGACCAACUCGCUCUAUACAACGGGACCGAUCCGUCGCUUCCCCUCCUCCUAGCCAUCAAUGGGACCAUCUUCGAUGUUUCUGCGAACCGGAUGAUUUACGGGCCUGGUGGAUCGUACAAUUUCUUCACGGGGCGGGAUGCGACCCGCGCCUUCGUGACGGGUUGUUUCCGGGAAGACCUGACAUCCGACCUGACGGGCGUGGAGGAGAUGUUCAUCCCGAUCGACAAUGAAGACGACGAGGCCGAGAAGCUGCUGACGAGCGGGCAGCGGAAGAUCAGGCGAGAACAGGAACGUCGCCAGGCCAAGGCCCAGGUGCGCGGGCAGGUCCAGCACUGGGAGAACUUCUUCCGGAACCACAAGAAGUACUUCGAGGCCGGGAAGGUGGUCGGCGACCCCGAUGCGGUCGAUGGGAAGCCCGUGCCGGAGAAGAGGCCGCUCUGUGCUGCCGCGUUGCAGAAUCGCCCGCGCAGAGGAGAGGAGGGGGAGUCCAAGACGGGCAAGCUUGGGAAAGCUGGGAAUUGAUCCCUUGAUCCCUUGAUCGGAUACGGGCGUUUUUGGCAUCUUUUUGAAUCAUGUAUAUUCAUAGUUUCGGGUUGGGCAACAUUUACUGUUGGGACUACAUCAGGCAUUUACCACUCCUAAUUCAACGAGACGAAACUCUACCCCAUACGGAAGACAAUCUUCUUUUUUUUUUUGGUCACUUUUGUUGAUUUGAGUCUCGUCUACAUCAGUAACGCGACUUCAAGCCCAUUGAGCCACUAUACACCGGUGCCCAGCCAGACUUCCCGAAUUUUCAAAGAUAUCGUUCGUAGCUAAAGGAAAAAAACCGCGAGAAAAUGCAUCAGAGUAAACGAUUUACUCGGCGGUAACGGCACGGGUGUAGAUGUUCAUCUUGGAGUGACC